AUUUUGUACUCAGUACCCAAACGUUCAAUGUUUUUUGUUUUUUUUAAACACAUAAAGAUUUUGAGGAGCUCUUUUUGUUUAAAAGAUCUGCAUAAUCUAUUUAAUUCCUGUUUCGUUGACGACAUUAUAUUAUCCAGAAAUAACUUAUUGAUACAAUGAACUUAUUGUUAUUUUGUGAUUUGUCAUAGACAAAACACACUCACAUAGUCAUAGGAACUAGAUCUAAGUGAUUUCGUAGAAAUCUGUAUCUUAGAGUCGAGAUCUAGACUAGCUCUGUUCUUGUGUCAACAAUCAUAUUUAUAUUAUUUACAAUUGAUUUCAUAACAAGAAGUAGACUAUUCUAUUUAAAUAAUUAGACCAGCAAGUAUGUCAUUCAUCUCAAGUCUUUGUGCUGGCUUCACGCUCUGAUGGGGGCAGGAGCUAUUAGUGGGCACACUAGAGACUCAGAGACUAGCAGCUCCACUCAGAAGGAACAGACAUCACAGUUCAGCUCCCAGUCCAUCCUAGCCACAAAGUCACAAAUGAAGAUGUCUUGUGAGAUGUGCUCUGUCAACUUCUCUAUCUUCAAGAGAAAAAAAUUUUGCCAAGAGUGCCGUAGACAUUUUUGCUCCAACUGCUUACCAAAGCCGCCUUCCAAUUCCAUUCUUGGCCGGCAGUGCAACAAGUGUAAGCUCCUCAUGUCUGGCCACUUUUCACGGGACGACCUCCAAAGCUGGAAGGUAAAAGACAUGACUUGCUUUCUCAACGCCCGCAACAUUUCCACCAAAGACUGCAGAGAGAAGCAUGAUUUAAUAGAGCUGGUGCUGACCCAGUUCUGUACACAGCCGAGGUUGUCACUGCAAGAUCAGGAGGAGCACCAAAACCUAGUCAAGAGAAUGGCAGCUCAUGUUCACAAUGUCAACCAUAGUAAUGAGCCCACAAUCAAUGGAGGUGAGGGCCCAUCAACACAGACUGAACCGGCUCCAGCGGAUUCAUCUGUCUCAGACUCAUCAUCAGUGCCCCCACCUGUUGAGCCAAGAGAAAGACUUUCAGACGGUGUUUUUGAAAUUACCGCAGAAAGACUGGAGGAGCUCUUAAGGGAGUCUGUGGAGAGGAUCAGAGAGGUGUUAGGCAGACCUGACGAGGCUUCUCAGCAAGAGGAACCCCCAGCGGCUGCCAUACGACGAAUGCAUCUAAAUGACUUAAAUACACUGUCAGACAUUGAGGACUUGUCCAUUCGACAGCUUAAAGAGCUCCUAGUCAACAACUUUGUGGACUAUCGCGGCUGCUGUGAGAAGCCAGAGCUGAUUGAGAGAGUGAAGAGAUUAUGGAAUGACCAUCAGGCCAAUAAAACCAAAGCUGAAAGACUACACAAGGAAGAUGAACUAGCUUAUUAUGGGACAGUGUCUCAGCCUGAGCAACAGGAUGCUAAGGAUUUACCGUUGCAAUCUCCUGAAGUAUCUCAGUCGUGCUCAUCGGAGAAUCCCUCUGCAGACACAGCCGCCAUGAACGAAAAUUCCUCUUUCAAAUCUGCCGCUGACGCGAGUAAGCCGCAGGCCGAUGAUAGCCUGUGUCACAUUUGUAUGGAUGCCCUUGUGGACUGUAUUCUUCUGGAGUGUGGUCACAUGGUCACCUGCACCCAGUGUGGGAAACGUCUGGCUGACUGCCCAAUAUGUAGACAGUACAUUGUGAGAGUGGUCCGGGUAUUUAGGUCAUGAUACUUGGAACAAUCGGCUGCAUAAAAUGUAAUCUUUCUACCUGGCUGUGGAUAAUGUGAAUGUGAUCCAUUUUGUGCUGGAUUAAGGGACAUCAAUCUAUUCCUAACUGAAGUGUACUAUUACUUGGAGAUAAUCUAUUUUUUGUUAAUUACAUGAAAGCGUCUCUCAAAUUCUUUCGUUUAAAUUAUUAAAAUAUUUGAUGAAAUCCUUUUGUUUUCUAUGAUAACACAAUCCUAUGUAUAGAAUAACUCUGGAAAUGUUAACUAGAAAGUCUAUUUGGUUUGGAGUUUGAUAUUUUUUUGUAUAUGUUCAAAACAUAAUUGUAAAAAUUUUAAAAUUUUUUUUUUUUUAUGUAAAAAAAUGUAAAGUUCCCCUUUCAAACCUUGUGAACUUUAGGGCAGAUGUUGUAAUGGUCAUAUUUCUGUGGCCCAUGGUUAACAAGGGUGUCAUGUGGUCAUCACAAUGACCAACCGCCUUUACUUUUCCUCCGACUAAGGUCAGGUACCCAUUAGAGCUGCAGGGAUUCAGAGUUUACACUAAAGAUCCAGAAAUUAAAAAUCCAAGUCUUCACCUUGAUUCAAACCCAGGAUUGCCUUACCAAUAAGCUACCGCACCUCCUGAUUUUUUUGAUGAUCUUAGAAAUAUCUGUCUCAUUGGAAGAUUUAUGAACAAUUUAUCCAGGCUUUGUUUUCCAGAAUGUUCAACUGUAAGUCCUCAACACACAAUGAAUUAAGUUUUUGAUUUCAAAUUUAGUUUGAGAGUUCCUGUGAGGCCUUAAUAAUAAUUACAUUUCUUUGUUUUGUGAUUAGUUUUCAAGUCUUGAGAAACAUUUUUUUUUCAAUAUUGGGUAGACUGUAUAUUAAAAUAUUUUGGUAUUAGAAUUAAUUAUAACCCUGUAAUUUUGUCUCAAUUAAAAGAAACAUAAAUUAUCACUAUGGAUAAAAGAAAAAAAUUAAUUGGUCUGUUAAAACUGUUAAAAGCUUGAAGAAACUUUUUAGAAAACACUUGUUUACUUAAACUGGUUGAAGUCACGUUGAAAACAAAAACACAGUGUAAAAAAGAAUGUGUAGUUUGUAAACUGCGUUGAUUAUUGUGCAGUUUUGGUUUUCUUACCUAAUUAAAAAUGUUACUUGCUAAGCUGUGCUGUUUAUUUGUAUUAUAAUUUUAAAAUCUUUAUAUGGUAUCUUAACUGUCUGGGUUCUUUCAGUAAUUAAUAAUGUAUAAGGUUUUUUUUUCUUUCUUACUAGCUUUUUUUUUUAAAUAGCUAUUUUGCUUUAUUAGUGUCAAAUUUUGAAAAGCAUUGUUUCUUUCUUACAAAUUUAUGUAUUUUUCUUGCAACCAUUUUAACAACUAAGAUGAUACCUAUAAUCAAAGAGAGAAGGAGGUUUUUUUAUAGAUUAUUAAUUCAGCAAUCCUAAAACAAAGGAGAUUUUUAUAGUUUAUUGUUGCAGCAAUCCUAAAACAAACAAAAACUAGAGACAGUACAACGUAGAAUGAAGAUAAACUUUUUGUUUUAUUUUUUUUUAAUUUUGUUUGGGUUUUUUUUUUUGUGUUUCUUCUAAUUGAUAAGGUUUGGGUUUUAAUGUUUUCCUCCUUGUUGAUGUAUUCCGACUCAAGUAUUUAAAUUUCUUUGCUCACUUUUCAUUCUCAUCAAGUUGAAUGCACGUUUUGGCCAGCCUAAAUGCAUGUUGGAAGCAGGUGACCCACUUGUGAAAAUGGUCUAAGAAGACUGAUUAUGCAAUGUUUGUCAACUAAAAAAAAAUGGGUUUCAAAAGUUUUGUUAAGGUUGGCCUUCCUCAGUUGUUUUGUAAAUAAUGUUUGGCUUUAGGACCUGAGAGCUUGUUUAGAAUAGCUGGUCACAAAGCUUAUUUGAGACGUAUUGUUUACUCCAUACUGUUAGAAGAUUAAUGAUCUACUGUUUAAAUAUACUAUCUAUAUGCCAUAGUUUUAGUUGAUCUGGCUUAUGUAAGCAUUAUUCAUCUUAACUACAUGCCAUGGUUGUCUUCAUAUGGUUAUGUAAACUUCCUUAAUACCCUUGACUCAUCGGGGUGGGGGGAUUGAUGCCUAAGACACAUUUUUUGUGCAAUGGCAAUGUCUUUAAUUCUGAAGAUUAAGGAGGAGUGCAGUGUUUCACAUGACUAUGCAGACCCAGUUGUGACUUGAAUAUAUGUCUGCAUCUAUUGCAAACAAAGCCGUUAUCUGGUGGCCAUCUAUAUAAAAGUUUUAUUUUCAUCUUCUGUGCCUGUCUUCAAUAAAGGCUUUUCUUUGGAUCUCAAAUAUGUGUAUCGCAACCUUUCAGAGGCCAUCUGAUGCCAUCUACUUUCCUCUAUGCCAGUGAGGGCAAAAUGGUGAUCGAGUUGAUCUUUUUCAGCGCUUACAUGGGUGCACAUCUUUUACACGGUCCUCCUUUAAGCUGGCCAAAGAAGAUUGUCUUCAGCACGUGGCUGUCUCCCAUGAGUGAUAAGUGUCUGAAUGGUAAUCAAUGUCCAGUGAAAAGUAAUUAGUGUUCACCUACGUUUAUGAAACUAUCCCCUGCACAGUCUUUUGGAACAUUGCUCUUGUAGUCCGACAUUUGAUUGCAAGUAAUCAAAGUGUUUUUCUCUGAACUGAUUCAGACAAUGCAGCUUUGUAAUGUUAUCUUAAAGUUCUAGUUUGAUUUCAAAUGAAAGCAUUGUUACCUGCAUUACUUCAUUAAAUUACCUAAUUGAGAAGUGUUUCUAAUUAUAAAAUGCGACAUUAAAAUGGUGCAGCUACUUUUGGUUAUAUUGGGACUCUCUGUUAAUAAUAAGUCACAGAGCAUUUUCAUAGACUUAUAGUACAAGUGUGAAGGGUGUGAGUCCAAGUUGUCUUUUAGAUGUUACUACAGUAAUCCAACCUGAUUCAGUAUUCAUCUUGCUGUUUUGGGUUCACUUUUAGUUGGCAACAAAACAUCCGCUCAUUUUUUUUUUUUCUCUCAUUGUGUUUUUGUUAGGAUGCCUUCGGAACAGCAUUCCAUCUUUUUCUCUGGUAUUUCUAUUUCUCUCUGUGCAACGCGAUGACAUCCUAUUCACAUUAAUGAUCCAAAAUAUAGAGCACUUGAAUUUUGUGUUUUCAUGAGUCAUUAUCACAAAGUAGACCAACUCCAGCUUCAAAUGUUUCAAGUUCUACAGAUUUUUGUUAAUGUACCGGCAUCAAUCCUUGUGUAUAUAGCAUGAUGACUUGUUUGCAGAAAAAGAUUUAUUGUAACUUGUUCUUCUUUCUAGUUGCAAGUUUUUAAAAAAUCUGGACAUAAGAAAAUCUACAAAAUGUUAUCUGAAAUGUGACAAAUUAUCUCUAUGCUUGGCAUUGAUUUUAUUAGAUAGUAUGUGUCGUCCAGAGGCAGCCUUAAUAGUACGUGAGGUUGGGACGAGUGUCAUACACUGGUCAGUGAGCCGAAAGUGUUGACUAUACUUACCGUACCACAUCAUGCUAACAGGCUUAUCCAUCUUCAAUGCUGUAGGCCUUAUUGUUGUUACAAAACAUAGUACCUUAAGUAGGUGUUGUACUGUUGGCCGUCUGACUACAUUGUUCUGCAUGUAAGAUUUUAUUCCCAGCCUUCUAAUAUUGAUAAUCAUCAUAACUAAUGAUUCAGAAACAUUUUGCAUGAAAAAUCAACAAACUAGAUAAUAAUAGAAAUCUGUAAUCGCGGGGCCCCCUCAGGCACAGGCCAGUUGCUCCACUCCCCACCCUCUAAGGCUGCCUCUGUGACUUUGUCCAUUUAGGGCUACAGUGUGUCCAUUUAGACCUACAGUGUGUCCAUUUAGACCUACAGUGUGUUCUAGUAAUGUUUUUGUUUAGCUUUGCAAUGUUUAGUUAUAGCCAUAUCUGCCUUUGUUCAUGCCUAAGUUUUUGUUUUGUUUCAUUUUUUCUCUUCAUGUUUUUACUCUGCAACUUUCAUUUUCCCUUAUUGCAAGCAUAGAUUUUGUAAGCCCUGUGGUUAGUUUCUUAUUCAAAAGGUCUUUAUAGAAAAAAUGUGUGUAAUAUUUUAAAUAAUUUCACAGACUAUUAGAAAGAAUCACACAAUUGAUGUGCAAACACCCUUAGAGAUUUUUAUGUCUAUCCAAACAUGAGCAUUUAUUUUGUGUUUGAUGUACUGUAUGUUCAACAUGUAUUUUGUCCUGAGACUUCUGUGGCAUUUUACGUCUUGAGAGAUGAAUGUCCCUUUGCAAUUUUUCAUGUGACUAAAGAGGCCAAUCCUUGAUACACAUCCAUGGUCACAGGCUAGGUAUUAGUAAUAACCAAGCUGCAGCUUUUUCAGUGCAAGAUAGGACCCUGUCCUUUAGGUUUGUCCUUCAUAUUGGCCUAGCUCUGCUUCUUUCUCUGUUGGUGUUAAUCUUAAAUAGCUUCAUGUCACUAUUACAUACAUCAGAGUAGCAUAGGAGUAGAAGACCUGCUGCUCUCCUGCCCUCUAUUAGGUCACUCUAUAGUAUCUAGUGUAAGACAGAGACGUAGGUCAGGGCAUAAUAAAAUGUAUUUAGGCCUUAAACAUGACAUUAACUUUUAUCUGUGAUAGGAAAUGUAAUUAUAUCUAAACAUCUGCCUAUCAUUUUCUGUUCAUCUAUAUUAGCUUUGUAUUUAUUUUCUGUUCAUCUAUAUUAUCUUUGUAUUUAUUUUCUGUUCAUCUAUAUUAUCUUUUUAUUUGGAAGUUCAUUUUGUAUCCAGAGUGUAUAUUGUUGAUAAGCUUGUAUAUCAUUCUUGUAUAACUUCUUGUCAGAUGUCCUGAUGGCUUAGUGAGUUUUGUAGUGCCUCAUAGCUUUUAAAUGUACAUAGUUCAGUGCUAACCAUUCUUUUUUUGUUUUGCUUCUCAAACAGACAUUAGGUUUAAGUUUUUGUUCUGAAAUUAUUAUUUUUCUCUCCAAAUUCUAAUGAUUACCAAAGAUCAUUUCCCAGUUAGAGUUGUGUAAUUCUUAGAAUGGUCAGAAAAAUAUGGAAGCAAGUUCAGGUCGGCUGAACUUACCACCCCUUUUUAAUAAGUCUUAAACUUUGUUAGUAGUCACAAGUUUAUAAUACGGUUUGGUAUUAUUUUAUAAAGGUUCAGUAUUUGAAGCAUAUUUUGUUUAUUAAAGCAAACAAUAGACUUAGUGCAAUAAUAUCUAAAAUAUAUUAAUUUUUAUGUAUUCAGAAAACAUUUAUAAGUUUUAAUCUGGUAUAGAAACAUAAUCACUGUGUCUUUAGCAUUUGCUUGGCCAGGCCACAUCCUGAGUCACAUCUAAUUCUGCAUUGAGUGCCCGCCUCUCUGUAACUACUGAAUUAUUUGUGCUAGGCCUGUAAGAUAUUUAGGACUAUUAAGAUGUAGUUGUUUCAUUUACUUCCUUAGUCAUUGACUUCGAAGUGUAAAGUUUCAUUUUUUUAUUCUUUCUUUCUAUUAGCAUGUCAUUUUUGUUUAAUGUUGAGAGUUGUACUGUAAUAUUAAUAAUUAUUGUAGGUUGGUUUUUUUAUUAUCAGUAUUUUUUUUAAUACUUUUUAAAAAGUUUUUUUUUUAAAUGUGCCCCCCAUGCUUCAGUCGCAAGCAGGCUUGUUGCACUUGUGUCCAACAACAAUUGUGUUUAAGGAGGGAUGAGAUGUUUUCAAGCUAUGAUCAGGUGCGCCAGUUAAUUCUCAUAUUGAAAAUCCCUAGUCUGGAACAGGAUUGGAACUUCAGUUCAGCAGCUAAGAGCUGGCCACGUGUUCCAUGUAUCCAUUGCGAGCCAUCGUGCUUAAAUUGAUGUGUACAGAAAGCCAAAGUGUUCAUACUUUAUAGAUUUUGUAGAUGUUCACAUCAAGCGGAUGUGUUUUGUUAUUUUCAUUGUGUUCCUUGCCAAUGUUCAUGAAUAGAAUCAAAUCAUGUUUUAUUCACCAACAAACUAAACGUAUUGGUGAUCAAAUUCCUUUUUUUAAAAAACUUUUUAAUUACAACCGUUGGUGAUUAAGUUCAACAAGAUUUUGUUUUUGUAGUUAUUGAGUGUCGAAGGCACAACAACUUAGUGGGAUGUGUGAAUAGGACCAUUGCAUCAACAAGUCAGUCCAAUAGGGCUGUCUAUUUAGGUUGUUAUUUCCAUACAUUUUUACUAAGCUUAUAUUAACUCACUCUGUCUGUCUGUCUGGUAAACGGUGUGUACACGUUAUUUCUCCCACACUCUUUUUCGGGUCAAGUUGAAACUUCGGACAAUUAUUCAUUGGCAUAGACAAGAUAUGAAUCAAUAAAAAAAAAGUAACCAAUUAGUCAGUUAAUUACUGGUAACUAAUUAUUUUGUUUGAUACCAGCAAGGGAAACUAAUUAUUCAGUAAGGCUAAAUUUUGGGGUUUAUUCCUCUUUAAUAAUUGUUAACGCUAUUUGUCCCUCGUGCAUUCUCCUAUCUUGUUGAUACUCUAAACAAUUAUUUAUUGUACCUAACAAAACAUGAAUCAAUAAAACAAAUACCCAAUUAGUCAUUUAAUUAUUGCUAAUUAAUUAUUUUGUUUGAUAUCGAAUAAGGGAAAUGUACAUUAUUGAUAUAGUUUAAAAGGGCGGAGUUCUUCCUUUUUAGAUAAGCUUUGUGUUUUUUUUUUAAAGAAUUUUUUAUAUUUUUGUUUACAAGAUUGCUUUCAUUGUAUUGCUACUAAUUGAUGUUUUUAUGUUUGUAGUACUUAAUUACUUGACAUUUGAUUAGUCUUGUUAUUAGAGUUAAGUAGUUGGCAAAGAUGAGGGAUAGUCUUUCACCAAGGAAGCUUGUUAUCUGAACAAAAAGACCUGUAGUCAUAGGUGUUAUAGGUAAUAGGUACAUCUAGUCUAGCACAACUCUAAGGUAGAUCUAGAUGGAAUUGGAACCCUACCAAUGUAGCUAGAAACUAACAUUUCCCUCUUCUGUUUGCUGAGGUGUAAAAAUCAGGAUAGAGGUUUAAUAUUUCCUCUGCCACUUUUUUGUCUGUUCAAACUAUUUUUGACGUUUAAAGAAGUUUUUAUGUUAUCAUUUCUUCCCCCCUCUUUAAUAAAAAUCAUUGAUGUAUUAGAAAUUUUUUUUUUGUAUCACAAUGCUUUGUCUUUCUUGCUGCCUUGACAAAUGACAAAUGAUCAAGAGGUCUCCAUUUCAAGUUAUUGUUUAAAGAAUGUGUCCACAUGGAAUGUUUUUUUUUAUUCUACAAGCAGUGAAGUAUUUGUUUGAAAUGAUUAAAUUUUCAUUUUUUGUGAUCUUGAUUAUCAAAUCUCUGUAGCUUGUAUUCAGCCAAUCAAUUUGAAUACAAUAGAAGUGUUGUUGAUUAUAUUUGUAUUGAAAUAAAAGAUGCUCAAUUGUAA